GACGGAUCUAGUCACAGCCUCUUUCUCAAUAAGCCUAUACUCAUUUUUCAAAGACACAUCAAGACUGAUCGUCUUGCGUUAUCUAACUUGGCACACACAUUUAUAAACCACCUGUUUUUCUCUUCAGCAAGUUAAAUAAGGCCAUUGCACAUAUUUGUUGAGGCCCCCAGACCAUUCUGCAGUGAAGUGGGUGUGUCUCACAAGUUUUAGGAAGGGAUCCAGAUUUCCUUUCAUAACCCUCAGUUGGUAUAAAUAGUUUCUCUGCAAGCAUUUCCCUCAGGCCAGUGGAUGCAUCUGAACUGAGCUGAUCUAAAAGACACACAAUCAGCACAAUGUAAGUAGAAAUGAUAGUCUCAUUGCUUUGAUACAUUUCCUUUGACUUGUGAUGGUGUUAAUUAUUAAAGGGAGAGUGAUUUAUAUAGAAAUUGAAAGUUGUAGUAACAUAAUUUAGAAACGGUCUUUUAAAGUAUUACAAUAUAUGGCAAUAGUUGUUAUUAAUGUAUGAAUAAUAGAUUUUUCAUCUGAUGUGGUCACUGGCGGUUUGUACUUUAGGUUUUAAUAAUAUUAUGACACUGACUGUUUGUGUGUAGGCUACUUUAGGUUUUUAAUGUGAUAACACUGACUUUGUGUGUACUUCAGGGUUUAUUUUGCAGGGUUGGUUGGCUUGCUUCUCAUCUUGACUGCUGAAGCCAGAAUUGGGUAAGGAAGUUAUAAUACACUUCUGUUAUUACUAACCACACGUUUCAGAAAUCAUACGCUGUUUGUAUAUUGAAUGUUUGAAUAUUUAUAUUGAAUAUUGGAUGUUGUGCAACAUUUUCUGCUAUUCUCCAUUAUUGAUUUAUUUUCCACUGAUCCCUAUAGGAACUCCUCUGAGUCUAGCUUCUGUACCGAGUCAAGGGAAUGUCUGCUGUAUGAUCUGGUGUGCAAGAAUGGUGAUUAUAAUUAUGAGGUGAGUUCAUUGUAAAGCACAAAUUAAUGGCACAUACUGUAAAACUGAGUCAGGGGUAUUAUUUGUGACCACAUUUUGUUUUAUUGUUUAGUUUUCUGUCAGGGUUGCAGAUAAAAUACAAUUGCAUUUUUAUCAGAAUAUAGUUUAUCAACAUGAUAAUAAUCAUUUUAAUUUUCCAUAAAAUUGUUAUAACAUAGACGAAUGUACCUGCAUUCGUAAAACAAUCCCCACCCAGCUAUCAUCCACCUGACAACUCCCCGAGCCCCAGAAACCAGGCUUCCCACCCUUUUCUACCGGGCCUAGACACCAAAGUUGCUCCCCCUGCUUCCAACAUCCGCAACUCAAUACACUCUCCAACACAGGACUCUGAGUGAAGUUUUGUGUCUGUGUUACAGGUGCGCCACUAUGACUCGGUGAAAUGGGUGUCGACAGACGAGGAAUGCUACUUCAUGGACAAGGCCAUGUACACUGCCUUCGGGAGACUCUUCAAAUACAUCACCGGAUCCAACGAGGCUGGUGAGUGUGUGUGUGUGUUUGUGUGUGUGUGUGCGUGCGUGCAUGUGUUUGUGCGUAUUGAUCUAUUUGUGUGUGUGUGGAUGCAAAUUUUUCCUGUAGGUGUCAACAUUGACAUGACAACUCCGGUGACUGUCAAAAUUGAGGAGAAGAAGAGGAUGUGGCAGUCGUCUGUCUUCACCCUCAACUUCCUCCUGCCGUCUGACUAUCAGAUGACUCCUCCCCAACCCAGUGAUGACAGGGUAAGACCCAAUCUCAAAUAGACCCCUAGACCCUACGCCUUAUGCAGCUUUUCUAGAGUUCCAGAUGGGCGGGGUUUGCACUUUUGGGACUAUUCCAUUGGCACCACUGAGCCAGGCAAGCUCAAACGUGCGCAGCUUAAGUAUUUGAAAAAACACAAAUACUAUUUGAACCCAUGUCAGGUAUGCGUUGCUUUUUAAAGAACCCUGGCUAACAAUGUGGAUGUCAUUGUGAUUUCCCGGUGCAGGUGUACUUUACAGAGAUGCCAGACAUGAAAGUGUACGUGAGGAGCUACGGCGGAUGGAUGAUGUCUUUGACAUCCAGUAUAAACUCCAUGCUGCUGAAAAGGCAGCUAGACAAAGUCCAGGCCACCUACAACAAAGACUACCACUAUGCUGUGGGAUAUGACAGGUGAGAGCACGGAUACAAAUAUAUCCAACAUCAAAUCCAAUUCCACCAGAAUACUUCUAUCAAACAUACUUUAAUAUUGUGUGUGUGUGUGUGUGUCCUACAGCCCAAUGAAGAUUCUGAACAGGCACAAUGAGGUGUGGUACAUGGUUGAGGGAGAGCCUGUCUGCCCUACCUCCUCCUAAACAUCCUCCUCCACUACUGCUGAGUCUGGUAUUACCGCUUUGAGGAGGACCAAUGGGAGGUGCAUGGUAGACUGAGAACAUCUGAGAAAAUGUGGUUUGGAGACAACAAGGAUAUUAACUAAGAGAUGUGUCCCUGAUCUGGUGGCACUAUAAUCCAAAAUCAAUAUGCCACAUAUUAUGUGUAUACAUACUGUAUGUCUUACAAGUUUUUCAUACUUAUUCAGGGUUCAAUUUGUUAGGGAGGUGCCUAGCUCACCCUAGUCCCGUAAUUCGAACUCUGUACAUAUUGACAUGUUCUAACAAUGUGGGGUGAAUGUAGACAGGGAUAUUUUUGUACUAAAUAACUGAGUCCGUUUGUCAAAAGGGAAGAUACUUUUCAGAAACUACAACAGUCCAUGUUGAACAUGAUUUGGAUAUUUUUCUCAAUAAAAUAUGAAUCGUG